AUGGCACUUUAUCCGUCUUUAGAGGACAUGAAAGUUGAUACGAUGGUUCGAGCACAAAUGAGUCAUCAAGCUCCACCCUCCAACGCACAUCGUGCACCAAAUGCACCAAGUGCCUUGGGUCAUGUUUACCCUGCGCUUGGAGAGUACAUGGGUCUCGAAUUGUCUUCUGAUGUUAUUGCCCUAAAUAUGCCUGAAUAUCAGAUGCAAGUAGCACCAGCUGGAGGUGGCAUAUGCAAUGUUAUUGCACCUCUUUCCUCACAAUCACCAUCGCUUAUUAAAGCUACAGUCACUGGAGCUAUCAGACAAGUAGUCUUAUGUAAAGAUAGGGAUGGCAAAUGUGGUCUCAGAUUGCACUCUGUGAACAAUGGGGUAUUUGUGUGCUAUGUUGCUGCAGGUAGCCCAGCUGCUAUAGCUGGAUUGAGGUUUGGGGACCAAGUACUUGAAAUAAAUAAUGUGGCAUUAGCUGGAAUGUCUAUGGAUCAAUGUCAUGCAAUUUUGAGAAAUGCACCUGCCAACGGGAUUGUUAUGGCGGUCCGUGAUAGGCCAUUUGAGCGUACAAUUACACUUCAUAAGGAUUCUCUUGGACAUGUUGGAUUUCAUUUUAAAGAUGGAAAGAUUGUUGGGCUGGUGAAGGACUCUUCUGCUGCCCGCAAUGGACUCUUAACAGACCAUCAGAUUCUAGAAAUAAACACUAUUAAUGUUGUGGGCAUGAAAGAUAAGGAAAUAUCAAAAGUUAUUGAUGAUAGUCCCUCAGUUGUUAACAUAACUAUAAUACCAUCCUAUAUAUAUCAACAUAUGAUAAGCAAGAUGUCAUCAUCAUUGUUCAAGGGAUUGGACCGCACACCUGCUGUUUAA